CAAAACUCAUCUCAAAUGUCAGGCAACAACUCUAUAGCAUUUGUAUUAUUUGUCAUUAUAAUUAGUAAAAAAUUGAUAAUAUGCACGAAACGAUAGGAAGCGGUUAAGAGAUUUUGCAAAUCUAGGGGGGCAAUAAGUAUGUUCUACGUACAUUAUUAUGGCCAUCCACGUACACAUCCCACUACUUCACUGAACGAAAUUUGUCAGUUGGACUGGAAAAGGGCCCUUUAUCCCCGAUUCUCUCUUCAGUUUCCUUUCAAGUUUCAAGAUCUUACUUAUUUAGCCAAAGCAUUAGUAAAUACACUGUAGCUAGAUUACAAACUCCCUUCAAUUUGAAGACUUUUCUCUCUCUGUCUUACUUCCACCGGUCCAUCAGUUAUGCCCAAAUUGAAAGCUCAUUCCAAGAAACCAUCUUUCUGUGUAGAUGGCCGUUCUUUCUUCAUGUCCAUUGGAGGCGCCUUAUUAACUCUCUAUGCUCUUUGGUCGACGGCGAAAUUUUCUUGGCCGGACAUUUCAAUCUCUACCAUCUUCUCAAAUUUCACCUCCAACAGCUGUGAUUUCCCACCCCAGCCCUUAAAUUUAACCCGGGACCCUAAGAAAUUAACAUUCUAUGACGACCCAGAGCUCAGCUACACUCUGGAUAAGCCCGUCAAUUACUGGGACGAAAAGAGGAAAGCAUGGCUAAAACUCCAUCCCUCCUUCGCAUACGGGUCGGAACAUCGAAUCCUCCUCCUCUCCGGGUCACACCCCUCACCUUGCAAGAGUCCGAUUGGCGAUCAUUUGCAGUUGAGGAGUUUCAAGAACAAGGCCGACUACGGUAGAAUCCAUGGGUAUGAUAUCUUCUACGGCACCGCUUGUUUUCACCCCAAAUUGUGCAAUACUUGGGCUAAAGUAGCUCUGAUUCGGGCCGCCAUGGUGGCCCACCCGGAAGCGGAGUGGAUCUGGUGGAUGGAUCCCGAUGUUGUCAUCACCGACAUGAGUUUUAAGGUACCCUUGCAGAGGUACAAGCAGCACAACCUUGUGGUUCCGGGUUGGCCUAAUUUGAUUUACGAAAAGAGGAGUCGGGUUGCUGUGAAUACGGGUAGUUUUCUAAUCAGGAAUUGCCAGUGGUCGAUGGAUUUCUUGGAUGCUUGGUCAAACAUGAGUCCUCGUAGCCCUGAUUAUAACCUGUGGAGUGAAACUCUAACUUCUACACUUUCGGAUAAGAAAUCCCCUGAAGCAGAUGAACAGUCUGCGUUAGUGUAUUUACUGUUGAGGGAGAAAAAGAAAUGGGGGCACAUGAUUUAUUUGGAGAAUCAGUACUCAUUGCACGGUUAUUGGGUUCAAAUAAUCGGAAGGCUUCAUGGGAUUGAGGGGAAGUAUGUUGAGGUAGAGAAAAGGGUGAAGAAAUUAAGGCGGAGACAUGCUGAAGUGGUGAGUGAGAGCCUAGAUGAGGUUUGGGAGGAGAAUUUGAAAGACGCCGGAGACGGUAGAAGUGGGUGGAGACGGCCGUUUAUCACUCAUUUCACGGGGUGUGAGCCGUGCUCCGGCCGCCAUGAUCCGUCGUACGGGGGGAAUUCGUGCUGGCUUGGUAUGGAGAAUGCUCUGAAUUUCGCUGAUAAUCAAGUGCUUCGUCGGUUUGGGUUUGUGCAUCCUGAAUCAAGGAAUGGUUCGUUGGUGUAUCCAACACCGUUUGAUUUUCCAGUUAAUGAUGAUAACGAAGAAGGGUUAGUAUGAUGGAUGAAUGAAUCAAGCCAUCAAGAGUAUUAUGCCAUCCAUUUACAUUUACAAUGUCCUGUAUCUAUGACAUCAGGAGUACUAACAAAUGGAGGUUAUAUAAAAUUAUCAAAAUUCUACCAUUUUUCGUGUCAAUUACGCCAUGCUCCAACUUCAAAUUACUUUCUGAAUCAACUUUUUAUAGCUGGAAAUUGAUAUACUGAAAGCUAGCUGAAGACAUGUAUUUUUUUUUUUUUUUGGUGUCAAAAAAAUGAUGCAUGUACCACUGUGCAUCUAAUUGAAACGAUAAAGUGGUGGUAAUUAUUACAUUUUCUGAA